UGGUGUUUUGAAUUCAAGCCGGUCACACUUCCUUUCCACGCGAAACCAACAACACAAAAAACGUGUGUUUUGGUGAACAGCGUGUUUUCCUUUAAAUAAAUCUGUUUAGAGCAGAUUUAACUUGACAAAAAGUGCAUUUUCAUACAGCGGCAGAAUGAGACGACCCAAGAAGUACGAAUCCGGCGAGGCUACGCAGUACAUUAGCCGCCGGGCUGCGCUCAGGAAACUACAGCUCUCUCUGAACGAUUUCCGGAGGCUGUGCAUCCUGAAGGGCGUCUAUCCCCGGGAGCCGAAACACAGGCGUAGAGCGCAGAAGGGAUCUUCGGAGAUCAAGGUCCUUUAUCACACCAAGGACAUUCGUUUCCUGCUGCAUGAGUCGAUUGUGUGGACGCUGCGUGACUACAAGAUCUUUGCCAAGAAGAGCAAUCGCGAUCGCGCCAUCAAGGAUUUCCGCAACCUGAAGCGUCGAUUGGCCCUGUUCCCCGAAAUCAAACUCGAUCACAUUGUCAAGGAGCGCUAUCCCACCUUCAUCGAUGCACUAAAGGAUUUGGAUGAUUGUCUGACUCUGCUCUUUCUGUUCAGCACCUUUCCCUCGCUGCACUUGAUUCCCAGGGAGCAGUCGAACCUGUGCCGCCGGCUGACUAUCGAGUUCCUGCACUACGUGAUCGCGUCCAAGUCGCUGCGCAAAGUGUUCAUCUCCAUCAAGGGCUACUACUUCCAGGCGGAGAUCAAGGGCCAGAAGGUCACUUGGAUUGUGCCGCACUACUAUCCGUUCAAGCCACAGUCCCGCCAGGAGGUGGACUUCAAGGUGAUGUCCAUCUUUGUGGAGUUCUACACGAUUAUGCUGGGCUUCACCAACUUCCGGCUAUUCCAUGGCCUGAAUCUGGCCUAUCCACCACAAUUCCCGAGCAGCGUGCUUCAGGACAGCGAAGAGUCCCUGAAGGACGAGGCCAGCUUCGUUUCUGACCGCAUUGCAGCGUUGAACUUUGAGCUGCUGCGCACUGACAAGGUGCAGGAGGACGAGGAGGAGCUGGACAUCGACAUGGAGCUCUUGGAGCAGGACGGCGACUCGAAGCGCAUCAUCAAGAUGAAGCAGGAGGCCCAGGAAGUGAGCCGUCUACGCACCCUGUUCAAGGGCUUGAAGUUCUUCAUCAACCGCGAAGUUCCGCGCGAGCCCUUGGUCAUUCUCAUCCGCUCCUUUGGCGGCAAGGUGUCCUGGGACUCGUCUAUCUUCGCUGGCUCAACGUACGACGAAGGUGAUGAGACCAUCACCCACCAGAUCGUGGACAGGCCCAGCAUUACCACGCAAUACAUCUCGCGGGACUAUAUCCAGCCGCAGUGGGUCUUCGACUGCGUCAAUCAGCGCCAGCUACUGCCCACCAACAAGUACUUCAUUGGCGAGACACUGCCACCACACCUGUCGCCAUUCGUGGACUCCAAGAGGGACUCGUACAUACCGCCCGAAGAGAAGGCCCUGCUGGAUCCCUCCCUGAUCGAAACACAUGCCCAAAGCGAUGAGGACUCAGAAGAUGAAGCUGAGAAAGAGGAGGAGGAGACUGUGGACCAGGAGCUGCUCGAUGCGCAACUGCAGCUUGCCUACCAACAGGAAACGGCCGAGUACAAGAAGUACGGCGGACCCGACGGUGUCAACGAAGACGAGGAAGAUCCAGAGGAUGAUGAUGAAGACGACGAUGAAGAGGAGGCGGAGGAGGAAGAGCUCGACGAGAAGAGCAAGCGCCUGCAGGAGGAGAAGCAAAAGAUGUCCGUGCAGUCGGGCAAGGUGCACAAGGUCAACAAGCGGCAGGUGCACAAGGCCGAGGUCGAUGAGCACCGCCUGCAAGCGCGCAUGGUGAAGCCCCGCCACCGCAAUCUCUUCCGGAAACUCAUCCGCGAGAAGCAGACCAAGGAAAAGGAGGAGUGGCUGCUGCGCAAGAAGCGACGAACCAUCGAGGCCAGCGAGAAGGAGGCCCGGAAGACGGCUAAGCGGGAGGCACGCAAGGAAGCGGCGGCCGCGGCUGCCAAGGCCUCCAAGCUGGGCAAGUGAGCGAACAGUCUGCUCGGGGGGAUCUGUGUCUUGAUUUAGGUUAAAACAAUAAACAAUGAAAAUGUAAAUGAAACUA